UCUUGGCAUGGAUUUGCAAUGGAGCCGGUCACCAAGCGUCACGUCUUCCAUCGGCACUUGGCCUGUUUGUGCUCCUCCGAAAGACUUUGGCAGAAUGUGAGUUAUGUUGAAGGUGGAGACGAUUCGAAUAAGCGACGCUUUGUCACUCUUUACAGGGCGAACGGGGCUCUGGGUGCUAUUCAUCCACUUGGGCUGAUCUUGGAUCAAGAGGAGAGUACGGAUAUGCACCACACAUUUAUUCAUGAUACUGAUAUUACUAUGAAUAGUCGGCAGAUAUGGCUCGCUCUUAAGAUGAUUCUUGAUGGCUUUGUUCGUAUGAUAGACCAAAGUAAAGUUCUGGCUGUUAAAGAGGAUAGUUGCGAUGAAGAACAAUAG